UCAUUGUAAAUAAGAAUUUGUAAUUAAAUGACUUAGUUAAGUAAAGGUUAAAUAAACAUCUACCACGAUAGAGGUGUAACCCCGAUCGUUCCUCCAGCCCAUCAUUUGUGUUAUCACCGUGGCACCAAAUAUGUUCCAGUCAACAAUGUCACUGAUGACGUCAAAAAGGGUAGAAAUCUCACAAAUCAGCAUUUUCAUUAUGACUAGUCAUUGUACUCAGGGCGGUUUCUUUUCUCUCUCUCUUUAUAUUCACUUUGCAUAUUUUCCGUUGUUAUUGGAACUUAUUUGAUCAGAAUAAUGAAUUGUAUAGGCUACUUGACUGGGUGGUUUGGGAUUACUGGUACUGAGGGACAUAUGGGCUUUUUUUAUGGCGUAUGUAUCAGAGCACGAUCUCAAACUCUUUCCGAAACACUUGGUUAUAUAAAAAGUCUGACAAGAUUAUUUUUUGAGGUACUUUUCUUCUUGUCAUCAUGAGUCUCAGCCCGUUGAUAUUUCUCUGUCUCGGUCUUUACCUCCCAGUGUGGAAUGCGCUGAAGAUCACCCAGCCGUACCGCGUGGUCGGUUUUCGGGGUGAGGUAGAGCUGUUCUGCUCCUACCACCACCCGGGGAGACAUGAACCGGAGGAGCUAAGGGUCACUCUGUACCAGGGGACGUACAGGGAGGCGAAGCAGGAGGUGUGCGCCUCCUCCUUCACCCACAACCAGACAUCCUUCCAGGUGGAGGGAGAGAGGGAGGCGCGUUGUCGGGGCCAGUUAGCGCCCGGCAGGGUGAACCUGACUAUUUCUGGUCUCCGCGGUAACGACACUGACCUGUACUACUGUGGCAUAGAGGUCAUGUACCCUCCGCCGUACCUCAGGACGUUUGGAAAUGGUACUCUCCUCUACAUACCGGAGGAACCAGGCUGCUCCUUGCCAGAGGCCCAGAGAAGAAGUGACAUGGGAGAAACAUCAGUCAGACUAGCUCUAGCAGGACUGGUCGCAGCCAGCACACUAAUGGUCAUCCCUGUUAUCGCCUUUCUCCUUUACCAGGUUCUACAGAGGAAAAGAAGGUUUGGAGGAAUAACACCAAUGAUUUCACAGAACGAUGGAAGAUUUGGUUAUGGAAACUUCCAAUGAAGAAUGUUCAUCAAUUGUCUGUAUCACCUCCAAUUCCCCAUAUAUUAUUUUGCAAAUAUAUAUACAUACAUACACAUAUACAUACAUACAACAUGAUCAUUACACAGGUGCACCUUGUGCGGGGGACAAUAAAAGGCCACUAAAAUGUGCAGUUUUGUCACACAACACAGAAGUCUCAAGUUUUGACGGAUGAGUGUAGGAAUGUCCACCAGAGCUGUUGCCAGAGAAUGUAAUGUUAAUUUCUCUACCAUAAGCCGCCUCCAACGUCAUUUUAGAGAUUUUGGUAGUACGUCCAACCGGCCUCACAACCGCAGACCACAUGUAAUCAUGCCAGCCCAGGACUUCCUGAUUGGUGGGCCUGGCUCCCCAGUGGGUGGGGCUAUGUCUUCCCAGGCCCACCCUUGGCUGCACCCUUGGCCAGUCAUGUGAAAUUCAUAGAUUAGGGCCUAACGAAUUAAUUUCGGACGGAUUUCCUUGUAUGAACUGUAACGCAGUAAAAUCGUUGAUAAAAAAAAAAUACAUUUAACGAUGAAGUUGUUGCAUGUUGCGUUUAUAUAUUUUUUUAAAACUAUAGUUAAUAAACCAAUUCCAAACCUCUAUGACCAGCCAGUUUUCAGUUUCCCCCUCCCCACUCAGACCACUCCCAGACAGUCUUAGCAAAAUUCUUGCUUGAGAAAUUGUUCUUAGCUAAGAAGCUAUAUUUGUUUCUUUUUGACAGUUUUAAUUUAAACAAAUCACAGUAAGGUACUUAACUGUUACCGAGAAAUAAUUUGAUAAAAAUGUCUGCGUUGGACCUUUAAGGAUUCUAGCUGUAAGUGUCCUACAGGUUAGAGAUUUAGAAUGAGAUUUAGAAUGAGAUUUAGAAUGAGAUUUAGAAUGUGAUUUAAAAUGAGAUUUAAAAUGUGAUUUAGAAUGAGAUCAAUGGUUUGAAAACUUUUCAUGAUUCAUUCCUGUCUUAGUCAAUAGGAUUUCUUAUAAUACUAAAUAAAUGUUUAUAUUAUUGUGACAUCUCUAAAGAUAGGGUCUCUGUAUUAUCAUGGGGCAGCAGGUAGCCUAGUAACCGGAAGGACUAGUAACCGGAAGGUUGCAAGAUCGAAUCCCUGAGCUGACAAGGUAAAAAUCUGUCGUUCUGCCCCUGAACAAGGCAGUUUAACCCACUGUUCCUAGGCCGUCAUUGUAAAUAAGAAUUUGUUCUUAACUGAUUUGCCUAGUUAAAUAAAGGCAAAAUGUAAAAAAAUAAAAUAAUAUGAAUCAGAGGAUCGGCGUUGGAAUAACUAAGGUUAGGGUUAAUCACAAGGUGUGGUUAAGGUAAGGUUUUGCAUUUUAAGAAGAUAUAAGCUUUGUAUUUAACUAGGCAAGUCAGUUAAGAACACAUUCUUAUUUAAAAUGACGGCCUACCGGGGAACAGAGGGUUAACUGCCUUGUUCAGGGGCAGAACGACAGAUUUGUACCUUGUCAGCUCGGGGAUUCGAUCCAGCAACUUUUCAGUUACUAGUCCAACGCUCUAACCACUAGGCUACCUGCCACCCCGAGGUUUAUGACUAUUGUGGCUGGGUUAACUAGUGACAACCCUCUCAUUCAUUUAAGGGUUAAAUAAAUUAGACUAUUAUUAUACUGCUCAAUUUAUACAUUUGCCCCCCUUCCCCAAAACAUGUGUAAAUAUUGGACUGUAAACUGUGCUUUCCUGUAUUAUACUGAUGCUAAAAUGUUUAUUCUAUUCUACUGAGACACCUACUUUGUGGUCGUACUCUUAUCUUGUAUUAGUUCUUAUUGCUGUUGAUAUGUCCAGAAGGAACCUGCAUGUAAGAGUUUAGUUGGACGAUGUGUAGCAUCCGUAUAUUGUACAUAUGACUAAUAAAAUGUGAAAACUUAAAAGCACCCUGGAAUGAUUCAAGAAGAAACGUUAGACUGUUCUGGAGUGGCCCGCGUUGAGUCCAGAUCGGUAUCAUAACCUUCCACGAGAUGUGUUCUGGAGUGGCCGGCGUUGAGUCCAGAUCGGUAUCAUAACCUUCCACGAGAUGUAUUCUGGAGUGGCCCGCGUUGA